AUGUUGGGUUCUUUGGUUCUUCAUCAUCGCACUCCUGCUGCUGCUGCUGCUGCUCUUGGAUCCUUAUCAAGCAACCGCUACCUGAGACUGAGGGCCUUGAAGAUUAAUCGACACUCUGGCAAAGAGCAAGCACCACUAGUGACCUCUGGAUCUCAAAACUCAUCGCUUGGGUACCGCAGACUUGUUUCCCCGUCAACAAGUUCAAUAUGUGCCAAGGGGGAGGAUAGUUUCAAAAUUUCAGCUGUUUUCACAGAAGACAGCUCCGCAGUGGCAAUGACUGAUGAAGAGAUGGAAAGUAUUGGAAUCUUGAGCAUCGAUCAAGCCUUGGAGCCAUACAAGGAGCACUUCGAGUAUAGAAUAAAGAAAUAUGUGGAUCAGAAAGGGCUUAUUGAGACAUAUGAAGGAGGUCUAGAGGAAUUUGCUCAAGGUUAUGUGAAAUUUGGAUUUAACAGAGAAGAAGAUGGAAUUGUGUACCGUGAAUGGGCUCCUGCUGCUCAGGAGGCACAGCUUAUUGGGGACUUUAAUGGAUGGGAUGGCAGCAAACACAUGAUGGAGAAAAACCAAUAUGGGGUUUGGAGUAUCAAGAUACCAAAUUCUGGUGAAAAUUCAGCCAUUCCUCACAAUUCAAGGGUUAAAUUCCGGUUCAAGCAUGGAAAUGGAGUUUGGGUUGAUCGUAUCCCUGCUUGGAUUAAAUAUGCCACUGUGGACCCAGCCAGGUUCGCAGCACCAUAUGAUGGUGUGUACUGGGAUCCACCACCAUCAGAAAGGUUUCAGUUUAAGCAUCCUCAUCCUCCAAAACCCAAAGCUCCGCGAAUAUAUGAGGCUCAUGUUGGAAUGAGUAGCUCAGAACCCCGGAUCAGUUCAUACAGAGAAUUUGCUGAUGAUGUUUUGCCUCGUAUCCGAGCAAAUAACUAUAACACAGUCCAGUUGAUGGCUGUGAUGGAGCAUUCCUAUUAUGCAUCAUUCGGCUAUCAUGUGACAAACUUCUUUGCCGUAAGCAGUAGAUCUGGAACACCCGAGGACCUUAAAUAUCUAAUUGAUAAAGCCCAUUCCCUAGGCCUUCGGGUAUUGAUGGAUGUUGUUCACAGCCAUGCAAGUAACAACGUUACUGAUGGCCUCAAUGGCUUUGAAGUUGGUCAAAGCUCACAAGAGUCCUACUUCCACACAGGGGAUAGAGGCUACCACAAGUUAUGGGAUAGCCGACUUUUCAACUAUUCUAAUUGGGAAGUUCUCCGCUUCCUUUUAUCCAACUUGAGGUGGUGGCUGGAGGAGUUUAAAUUUGACGGGUUUCGAUUUGAUGGAGUAACUUCAAUGUUAUAUCAUCACCAUGGGAUAAACAUGGCAUUUACAGGGGAUUAUCAUGAGUAUUUUAGUGAGGCAACAGAUGUUGAUGCUGUUGUUUAUUUGAUGCUUGCCAACUAUCUGAUCCAUAAGAUUUUGCCAGAUGCAACUGUAAUUGCUGAAGAUGUUUCUGGUAUGCCUGGACUUGGUCGGCCUGUCUCUGAAGGUGGUAUUGGUUUUGAUUACCGGCUGGCAAUGGCCAUCCCUGACAAAUGGAUUGAUUACCUGAAAAACAAGAAUGACGAAGAGUGGUCAAUGAAGGAAAUUUCAGGCAGCUUGACAAAUAGGAGAUACACUGAGAAGUGUAUCUCCUAUGCGGAGAGUCAUGACCAGGCAAUUGUGGGUGACAAGACAAUUGCGUUCUUUUUGAUGGAUAGAGAAAUGUAUUCUGGCAUGUCUUGCUUAACUGAUGUUUCUCCUACAAUUGAGCGAGGGAUAGCGCUUCACAAGAUGAUACAUUUUUUAACUAUGGCAUUAGGAGGUGAGGGCUACCUUAAUUUUAUGGGAAAUGAGUUUGGCCAUCCUGAAUGGGUCGACUUUCCAAGAGAAGGCAAUGGGUGGAGUUAUGAAAAGUGCAGACGCCAAUGGAACCUGGUGGAUACAGAUCACUUGAGAUAUAAGUUUAUGAAUGCAUUUGACAGAGCCAUGAAUUUGCUUGAUGAAAAGUUUUCAUUCCUGUCGUCGACAAAGCAGAUAGUGAGUAGCACAAAUGAAGAAGACAAGGUUAUUGUCUUUGAGCGUGGAGAUUUAGUUUUUGUGUUCAAUUUUCAUCCAGAAAACACAUAUGAUGGGUAUAAAGUUGGGUGUGACUUACCUGGGAAGUACAGAGUUGCACUAGAUAGUGAUGCUAGUGAGUUUGGUGGACAUGGAAGAGUAGGCCAUGAUGUAGACCACUUCACAUUCCCAGAAGGAAUACCAGGGGUUCCUGAAACUAAUUUUAACAACCGUCCCAACUCCUUCAAAGUACUCUCACCACCUCACACAUGCGUGGUUUAUUAUCGAGUGGAUGAAAGUCGGGAGGCAGAUGUGGAUGAGAUAUCAAUAGCAGAAGUUGUGGUUGGGAAGCAGAAUUUUGAAGAGUUGGGUUCCGUGAUAGGUGAUGGCAAUGUUGGUCCAAAAGCAGAAAAGAGUGGCGAAGGGUCAUCAGAUGACUGA